ACAAGUCAAUUAAAAAAAAAAGUAGGCAAAUGUUGUCUUCAAAUCACAGCCAUGUUCCAUUUCUCAUCUCAUCCUGUUUAGUCAAGGAUCUUAGCAGAAGAAAAGCCCAUCACCAAACACUUACACCUUUUCCAUUUCUCAUCUCAUCCUGUUUUAUCUUCUCCGUAUUUGCUUACCAUUAAUUUGCUCACCUCCUCUGCUUUUCGUUUUCCUUGCACCUUUUCUACUUCUUCUCUACAUCCAUUUCUUUUCCAUUCCAAAACAAGCUAUGGCUGAUGCAAUUCUUUCUGCUCUCGCGUGUACAAUCAUGGCGAACUUGGAUUCCUCAUUUCUUCAAGAGCUUGGACUUGCUGGGAGCCUAGAGACUGAGCGUGAAAAUCUCAACCGCACGAUCAGAACUAUUCGAGCUGUGCUUCAAGAUGCUGAGGAGAAGCAGUGGACGAGUGAGGCUAUAAAGGCGUGGCUCAGAGACCUCAAGGAUGCAGCUUAUGAUGCUGAUGAUUUGCUAAGUGACUUUGCAAAUGAAGCUCAGCGGCAUCAGCAGCGAAGAGAUCUCAAAAAUCGAGUACGACCCUUCUUUUCUAUCAAUUAUAAUCCACUUGUUUUUCGACGAAGAAUGGUGCAUAAAUUGAAGAGUGUUAGAGAAAAAUUAGAUUCCAUUGCCAUGGAGAGACAAAAGUUCCACCUAAGAGAGGGGGCAGUGGAGAUAGAAGCAAGUAGUUUUGCUUGGCGUCAGACUGGGUCACUUGUGAAUGAAUCAGGAAUUUAUGGAAGGAGAAAGGAGAAAGAAGAUCUGAUCAACAUGCUGCUCACCAGUUCCGAUGAUUUCUCUGUUUAUGCUAUAUGUGGAAUGGGGGGGCUGGGUAAAACAACACUUGCUCAAUCAGUCUACAACGACGGAAGAAUAGAAGAGCAUUUUGAUUUGCGGGUUUGGGUGUGUGUAUCUGUUGAUUUCAGCACUCAAAAAUUGACAAGUGCCAUCAUUGAGUCCAUUGAACGCGUUAGUCCAAAUAUUCAACAGUUGGAUACUCUUCUACGACGCCUCCAAGAAAAGUUAGGUGGUAAGAAGUUUUUGCUCAUAUUGGAUGAUGUUUGGGAAGAUGACCAUGGUAACUGGAGCAAAUUGAAAGACGCAUUGAGUUGUGGAGCUAAAGGAAGUGCAGUUAUUGUGACUACUCGUUUGGGAACUGCUGCUGAUAAAAUGGCCACAACUCCUGUUCAACAUUUGGCAACAUUGUCAGCAGAGGAUUCCUUGCUUUUAUUUGAGCAGCUUGCAUUUGGGAUGAGAAGUGCAGAAGAGCGUGGUCGCUUGAAAGAGAUUGGAGUAGCGAUAGUUAACAAGUGUGGCGGGGUUCCCUUGGCGAUAAGAGCUCUUGGAAGCCUGAUGCGCUCGAAGAAAACUGUACGUGAGUGGUUGAAUGUCAAAGAGAGUGAGAUUUGGGAUCUGCCGAAUGAAGGAAGCUGGAUUUUACCUGCCUUGAGUUUGAGUUACAUGAAUCUAAAGCAAUCUGUGAAGCAGUGCUUUGCAUUUUGCUCUAUAUUCCCUAAAGAUUAUGUCAUGCUGAAGGAGCGGGUGGUAGCUCUAUGGAUGGCAAAUGGCUUCAUUUCUGGCAAUGGGAAAAUAGAUUUGCAUGACAGGGGUGAAGAGAUUUUCCACGAAUUAGUUGGGAGGUCUUUUUUUCAAGAAGUCAAGGAUGAUGGGCUGGGCAACAUAACAUGUAAAAUGCACGAUCUUCUCCAUGAUCUUGCACAGUACAUUAUGAAUGGAGAAUGUUAUUUGAUCGAGAACGAUACAAAGUUGCCAAUUCCUAAAACAGUUCGUCAUGUGAGUGCUUCCGAGAGAUCACUACUGUUUGCUUCAGAAUACAAGGAUUUCAAACAUACAUCUCUGCGCUCAAUUAUUCUUCCUAAAACAGGAGAUUAUGAGAGUGAUAAUUUAGAUCUUUUUUUCACUCAACAGAAGCAUCUAAGAGCCUUGGUUAUAAAUAUUUACCAUCAAAAUACAUUACCAGAGUCAAUUUGUAAUUUGAAACAUCUAAGGUUUCUAGAUGUCUCCUAUACCUCCAUCCAAAAAUUGCCUGAAUCAAUCACCUCCCUCCAAAACCUUCAGACACUAAAUCUGAGAUGUUGCGCUAAACUCAUCCAAUUACCAAAAGGUAUGAAGCAAAUGAAAAGUCUCGUCUAUAUUGACAUCAGAGAUUGUUAUUCACUUCGAUUUAUGCCUUGUGGAAUGGGAGAGUUGACUUGCCUGCGAAAACUUUGCAUGUUCAUUGUGGGUAAGGAGGAUGGUCGUGGCAUAGAGGAGCUGGGAAGGUUGAAUAAUCUUGCUGGUGAAUUUAGAAUCACAUAUCUUGAUAAUGUUAAGAAUUCAACAGAUGCCAGAAGUGCGAAUUUGAAUUUGAAAACAGCUCUUCUAUCACUGACUUUAUCCUGGAAUUUGAAAGGAGAUUACAAUUCACCUUCGGGGCAAUCAAUACCAAAUAAUGUGCAUUUGGAAGUCCUUGAUAGGCUUCAACCUCAUUCAAAUCUGAAGAAGUUGAGAAUAGAUGAAUAUGGAGGUUCAAGAUUUCCAAAUUGGAUGAUGAACUUGAUGCUACCAAAUCUAGUGGAGAUGGAGCUAAGAGACUGUUACAACUGUGAACAACUUCCACCAUUUGGGAAACUACAGUUCCUCAAGGAUCUUCAAUUAUAUAGAAUGGACGGUGUGAAGUGUAUUGACAGCCAUGUGUAUGGAGAAGCGCAAAAUCCAUUCCCAUCUUUGGAGACGCUGACUAUUUAUUCAAUGAAGAGGUUAGGGCAAUGGGAUGCGUGUAGUUUCCCUCGCCUUCGCGAAUUGGAGAUCUCUUCCUGCCCUCUGUUGGACGAAAUACCAAUUAUACCCUCCGUCAAAACAUUAACCAUCCUGGGAGGCAACACUUCAUUGACGUCGUUUAGGAAUUUCACUUCUAUCACCUCCCUUUCUGCUCUUGAAAGCUUGAGAAUUGAGAGUUGUUACGAACUUGAAAGCUUACCAGAGGAAGGUCUUCGGCACCUCACUUCUUUGGAGGUUUUAGAGAUAUGGAGUUGUAGAAGAUUAAAUUCUCUGCCAAUGAAUGGGUUGUGUGGCUUAUCUUCUCUUCGUCACUUAUCGAUUCAUUAUUGUAAUCAAUUUGCUUCUUUAUCUGAGGGAGUGCAACAUCUGACGGCACUUGAGGAUUUGAAUCUUAGUCACUGUCCAGAGCUGAAUUCACUGCCAGAGAGUAUCCAACAUCUCAGUUCUCUCCGAUCUCUAAGCAUACAGUAUUGCACGGGAUUAACUUCUUUACCAGAUCAGAUUGGAUAUCUCACGUCCCUUUCAAGCUUGAAUAUUCGGGGUUGCUCUAAUUUGGUGUCUUUUCCAGAUGGGGUGCAGACUCUCAACAACCUCAGCAAGUUGAUAAUUAAUAACUGUCCAAAUUUGGAGAAGAGAUGUGAGAAAGGGAGAGGAGAAGACUGGCCUAAGAUAGCUCACAUCCAUAACAUUAUAAUCAACCAUGAAGAAAUCCAAUGAUACUUGGAUUGUUCAAAGGAAGACGACUUCAUAUGGUACUUUGAAUUUGAAAGUAAGCUUCUCACCCCAUUUAUUUUCUUUUUAAAUUGCCUUGUUUUCUUUUUCUAACCAUCUAAAUUGCAUGAAUGAAUGGCUAUAUACUUAGACCUCUGGUUACCGUUAAAUUUUAUUUUGCCUAGCUCAUUUGUCUGAUAUUAAUGAAUACCUUGUUACAUUAUUCUCGCUUUUGAUGAUAUGACAUAAUUCAAAUUUAUAGUGUGUUAUACAUUCCACAACUAGAAGAAAUGAUCAGUAGAUUGUAUGAACAUAAAUAUUUCCUACUACUGCAGUGAAUUUGUCCUUUCAGGGAUCUUCUUGUGUGUUCUUGACAGUAAGUCAUCUUCUCCAUCAGCUGCGUCAGUGCUCCUGUCAGGAUUGGUAGAUCUGGAAUGGAUGUGAGGGGCUAAGUAAGGGUAUAUCAUUUUGUGCUCUGAAGGUUUUGUGUUUGUUCUUCUACUUCAUGUUUUAUAUUUAAUUACUCUAAAUUAAAUAAAAUUGUUUUAUUUUAUUUUAUUUACCAACACUUUCUAGUCCGGUUAGUGAUCCCUCAAAGCUUCUCAAGUGGAACUUUGAUGGUUCCAGCUUUGACCACAUUCCUGGAGAAGAAAUUGGACUUCUGUUUUGCCAGGGAGUUUGGAAUUGAGCGGGGGCACACACAAAUUGCAAUACUAAGUCUAUGAGAAAUGAAGGAGGAUAUGAAGUCAUGAAGAAAGUAAUUGAAAAGCGUGGUCUGGGGCAUAAAGAACGCAUAGCAGCCCAUGGAGAAGGGGAUGAGCAGAGACUCACCGGGCGGCUCGAAACAGCUGACAUUAAUACUUUCAAGUGGGUAAAGGGGAAAGGGAAACGAUUUCCUUGCUGCUCAAGUUCUCUUGUUAUAAGGUGUUUUACAUUUGUUUCUUAACAUCUUGGUAUGGAGAAAGAAGGAAAGGAGUGUUUUGAGGAUAGAAGGCAUGCUUCAAACAUGAAUCCAUAUCUUGUGGAAGCCAUGAGAAUUUCAACCAACCCUCCACAUGAAAUAUUGUUGUUAGUAGAACCAUGGAAAGAUUUGUAUCAGUAGGAUAUAUAUCUUUCAAUUUGUUUCCCUUUGAAUUUGAGGCAGCAAGUGACCUUAUCGCUUUCCUUUCCUGCCUUGUGAUUCUGCAUUUUGUGUUGAAUAAUGUAAGGUUUAUUUCCAGUCAUUUUCAUGGAA